GGCCCCGCCCUUCUUUCUCUCCCGGGUUUCGCUCCGGAGAGCCGCAGGUAGCCCGCAGUGGAGUCGGGCUCUGCGGGCCCGCCCCCUUCCUCGGCCCCUCCCACUGCUCCCGUCUCCAGCCGGCGGAGAUGAGGCUACGGUGGCUCUGGCUUAGGCAGCCCCACUGGUGGCUGCGGUGGGGGCGGCCGGAACCUGGGCGUUGAGGCGCGGCGGCGGCCGAGGCGGCGCUGCCUCAGCCGCUGCAGCGGGCUUCCCUUCCUCUUUAGCGUAGCCAGGAAGUUUGGCGCCCCUGUGCAUGUGUGCGCGUGAGUGUGGGUGUGCGCGGCGAGGCUUGCCUAGCGUUUCUGCAGGCGCUGGGUUUUUUUGCCCGCGUCGCUUCCCGUAAGCCAGCCAGCAGCCGCGGAGCUUGGGGCUGUGGCCCGGGGAGGGGGCGCGGCGGCGGGCGCUCUCCUUUUGUUGUUGUUUCCUCUGCCUGGAGAGCUGAAGGGGGACGCGCCUGGGUGGGGCGGUUCGCAGCCGGGGCCUGCUGGCCCCCGGGGCUCCCGGGCGGCAGGGUAGCUAGAGGAGAGCGGGCUUCAACAUGAUGGCGGCCGAGGCGGGCAGUGAGGAAGGCGGCCCUGCGACGGCCGGGGCCGGCGGCGGCGCGGCCACGGGCUCCAGCGCCUACUCGGCAGCGUGCCGGGUCAAGUUACCCGCGGCCCUGCCGGUGGCAGCCGCCCCUUGUCCCGGGCUGGCGGAGGCCGACUUGGUUGCGGCCCUCGGUGGCGGAGCCGCGUCGGGGUCCGGGUUCCUGGGGACCGGACCGGUGGCCGGUGUCUUGGGGGGCGCCGCGCUGACCGGCAGUGCUGCUGCUGGCGUGGCUGGUGCUGCGGCCGCCGGACCUGCUGGAGACGUCGCUUUCACCAAGGGGACUCUGUCUUUGCCUGCUGAGACGCUCGGGCCGGGCGGCGGAUUCCCUCCUCUGCCGCCGCCUCCUCAGCUGCCCCCUUUGGGCUCCGGUCUGGGGACCGUGGAUGAAGGUGACUCCCUGGAUGGACCAGAAUACGAAGAGGAAGAGGUGGCCAUACCGCUGACCGCACCUCCCACUAACCAGUGGUAUCAUGGAAAACUUGAUAGAACUAUAGCAGAAGAACGCCUCAGGCAGGCAGGGAAAUCUGGAAGCUAUCUUAUAAGAGAGAGUGAUCGGAGGCCGGGGUCCUUUGUCCUUUCAUUCCUUAGUCAGACAAAUGUUGUCAAUCACUUUAGGAUUAUUGCUAUGUGUGGUGAUUACUACAUUGGUGGAAGGCGAUUUUCUUCACUCUCAGACCUAAUAGGUUAUUACAGUCAUGUUUCUUGUUUACUUAAAGGAGAAAAAUUACUCUAUCCAGUUGCACCACCAGAGCCAGUAGAAGAUAGAAGGCGUGUGCGAGCCAUUCUGCCCUACACAAAAGUACCAGACACUGAUGAAAUAAGUUUCUUAAAAGGAGAUAUGUUCAUUGUUCACAAUGAGUUAGAAGAUGGAUGGAUGUGGGUUACCAAUCUAAGAACAGAUGAGCAAGGCCUUAUUGUUGAAGACCUAGUGGAAGAGGUGAGCCGAGAAGAAGAUCCACAUGAAGGCAAAAUAUGGUUCCACGGGAAAAUUUCCAAACAAGAAGCUUAUAAUUUAUUAAUGACAGUUGGACAAGUCUGCAGCUUUCUUGUGAGGCCCUCAGAUAAUACUCCUGGAGAUUAUUCCCUGUAUUUUCGGACCAAUGAAAAUAUUCAGCGAUUUAAAAUUUGUCCAACACCUAACAACCAGUUUAUGAUGGGAGGCCGCUAUUAUAACAGUAUUGGGGACAUCAUAGACCAUUAUCGGAAAGAACAAAUUGUUGAAGGCUAUUAUCUUAAGGAACCUGUACCAAUGCAGGAUCAAGGGCAAGUACUCAAUGACACAGUGGAUGGGAAGGAAAUCUAUAAUACAAUUCGUCGUAAAACAAAGGACGCUUUUUAUAAAAAUAUUGUUAAGAAAGGUUAUCUUCUGAAGAAGGGUAAAGGAAAACGUUGGAAAAAUUUAUAUUUUAUCUUAGAAGGCAGUGAUGCUCAACUUAUUUAUUUUGAAAGUGAAAAACGAGCUACAAAACCAAAAGGGCUAAUAGAUCUUAGUGUGUGUUCUGUCUAUGUUGUCCAUGACAGUCUCUUCGGCAGGCCAAACUGUUUUCAAAUAGUAGUUCAGCACUUUAGUGAAGAACAUUACAUCUUUUACUUUGCAGGAGAAACUCCAGAACAAGCAGAGGAUUGGAUGAAAGGUCUGCAAGCAUUUUGCAGUUUACGGAAAAGUAGCCCAGGGACAUCUAAUAAACGCCUUCGUCAGGUCAGCAGCCUUGUUUUACAUAUUGAAGAAGCCCAUAAACUACCAGUAAAACACUUUACUAAUCCAUAUUGUAACAUCUACUUGAAUAGCGUCCAAGUAGCAAAAACUCAUGCAAGGGAGGGGCAAAACCCAGUAUGGUCAGAGGAGUUUGUCUUUGAUGAUCUUCCUCCUGACAUCAAUAGAUUUGAAAUCACACUUAGUAAUAAAACAAAGAAAAGCAAAGAUCCAGAUAUCUUAUUUAUGCGUUGCCAGUUGAGCAGGUUACAGAAAGGACAUGCAACAGAUGAAUGGUUUCUGCUAAGUUCCCAUAUACCACUAAAAGGUAUUGAACCAGGAUCUUUGCGUGUUCGAGCACGAUAUUCCAUGGAAAAAAUCAUGCCAGAAGAAGAGUACAGUGAAUUUAAAGAGCUUAUACUGCAAAAGGAACUUCAUGUCGUCUAUGCCUUAUCACAUGUAUGUGGACAAGACCGAACACUACUGGCCAGCAUCCUACUAAAGAUAUUUCUUCAUGAAAAGCUUGAAUCAUUGUUGUUAUGCACACUAAAUGACAGAGAGAUAAGUAUGGAAGAUGAAGCCACUACCCUAUUUCGAGCUACAACACUUGCAAGUACCUUGAUGGAGCAGUAUAUGAAAGCUACUGCCACACAAUUUGUUCAUCAUGCUUUGAAAGACUCCAUUUUAAAGAUUAUGGAAAGCAAGCAAUCAUGUGAGUUAAGUCCGUCAAAGUUAGAAAAAAAUGAAGAUGUGAACACUAAUUUAGCACACCUAUUGAGCAUACUUUCAGAGCUUGUGGAGAAAAUAUUCAUGGCUUCAGAAAUACUUCCACCGACACUGAGAUAUAUCUAUGGGUGUUUACAGAAAUCAGUUCAGCAUAAGUGGCCUACAAAUAACACCAUGAGAACAAGAGUCGUUAGUGGUUUUGUUUUUCUACGCCUUAUCUGCCCUGCUAUCCUGAAUCCACGGAUGUUUAAUAUCAUCUCAGAUUCCCCAUCUCCUAUUGCUGCAAGAACACUGACAUUAGUGGCUAAAUCUGUGCAGAAUUUAGCAAAUCUUGUGGAAUUUGGAGCUAAGGAGCCUUAUAUGGAAGGUGUCAACCCAUUUAUAAAAAGUAAUAAACAUCGCAUGAUCAUGUUUUUAGAUGAACUUGGGAAUGUACCUGAACUUCCGGACACUACAGAGCAUUCUAGAACUGACCUGUCUCGUGACUUAGCAGCAUUGCAUGAGAUCUGUGUAGCUCAUUCAGAUGAACUGAGAACGCUCAGUAAUGAGCGUGGUGUACAGCAGCAUGUACUGAAAAAGCUUCUGGCAAUAACAGAACUGCUUCAACAAAAACAAAACCAGUACACAAAAACCAAUGACAUCAGGUAGCAGCCUGGUGUUCUGCAUGGAUUCAGCAUGCCCACCGCGGUAAUUCACAUCAUCAUGUCUCCUUUGCUCUUGCCAAAAAGAAAAAAAUAAAGAGAGAAAGAAAAAAAAUAGCACACUUUUCCACAUUCCAGUGAUGUGUGAGCUAUGCAAGCAAAAACCCAAGAUUCUGCUGAAGAGUAACUGCCAGCACCUUUGUAAGCUAUCUGUGCAGAAUAUUGCACACUUUUUCCACAUGGAAUCUACCAAACUCUGAGCCUUGGUGUACCCUUAACAACAACAAAACUGCUAUGACUGACUGUGUCUUGAACUUUGAAAAUAUAUUUUCAGUAUAUCCAAUUGCCAAAGUUUUGCUGUCUAUUGGAAAAGGAACUAUGAAAUCAACUGACAAGGAAACGCAUUCUAUUGACAACAGAAUUUAAUGGAUCGCACAGUUAUUACUGUAAUUUCUUCAUGAACAUGACCAUUUGACUGUUCACUGACUUUCUUUGUAUUUACAGUUUCCAGAGUUUGACAUUAUAAUAGGAACAAUCUUGCUGUAUACUUUUUAAAAAUACUGUGCUAUUCUUUCUGGAACUGUUGAAAGACAAUAUAUAAAAUCGAUGAAUCUAUUGCUCAUCAGCUUUAUUUUUUAAACAUACCACUUAUUUUGUUGGAAUUGUCAAAGACUGUAUUUAGAUCUCAUGCUUUUGUUAAAAUGUUUACAACAGUAAAUAGUUUAAAUUCAAUAAAUAUUAUUGGUCAUUGUACCAAUUAUUGCAUGUUACCCAUUUGACCAUUUUAUAGAUUGCUGAUGUCUUUUAUGUUUAAACGAACUGCUAGAAUACUUUUGUCAUUUCUACGAAGGUUUUUGUUAUCUUUGAUUAUGCAGAUAACCUAAUCAGCCACUUAACAACUUACACAUCUUUUAAUUUGUACUUGUUUUUCCUGCUGGAUAUUUAGUUUGUAUAGUUCAUUUGCUCUUGUGUAUGUAUUUUUGUGUGAAGUAUUCACAAGGGUUAAGUUAAAAUAAACUAAGGGAUAGCUUGCAUAACUGAUUAGCUUACUCUAACUUUGUUAUAGUUUUCUUCCCACUUUAGGGAUAGUUCAAGCUUUAAUAUCAGGGCAAAAUCAGGGUUAUUUUUAUUGUUUCUUUCACAAAGGAGUCCAUUUAUUUACUCAAUAUACAACUUGUUAAGGAACAUGUGUUCUCUCCUAUAUUUUGUUGAAGAUGGGAUUUAAAAACAGUAUGUAGCAGAGUAUUCUUAGUAAUCAAAAUAGGUUUGCUGUUUUCUUUUUUUAAAGAACCACCAAGGGAGGUACUAAGGAAGGUAUUAAUAAAGUUUUCUCAAUAAAAAUAUUUUUCUGAAGGCCUAGAUCCAUAAAACAUUUGAUUGUAUUUAUCAAGAGAUAUUGUAUACAAGGACAAAUGUUAAGUAAUCAAGGUCUAUUUCCCUUUGCUGAGAAUCAAACUGAGAGGCCUAAAUUGUAUUCUUUAGAAUAUUAUUGAGAGAUUUCCCUAGCUUACAUAUAGGGCUGAAUGCUACCAUAAAGGUAAAUUUACUCUCCUCACAUAGUUUCAAUCAAGUUAGUGGUGGUAACAAAAUAAAAAAAAAAACCCUGCUUCUUGGCUUUGUUGUCAAUGCAGUUCCCAUUAUUGAUGUUGACAGUAACUCAUCUCUGUCCUUAAGUUUAUAAGGUGGAAAGGCUACAGACAAAUUAAUGUAAAUUUGGAAAACAGUGAGAGAUCCAGACUCUAAGGCAUUUUAGUUUGUCCUCACUGAUUGUGUUUGGCCAUGACAGCCUAUUUUUUUUUUUUUUAAGCCUGAAAUGCUUCUCCCUUUUCUAUUUAUUUUAAAAGAAAUCUGACUUAUCCUCAUUUUUGUAUUAUAGUAACAUGCUCUGUCUUUUAAAUUGGAGUGGGAAACUUGUUACUUACCUUCUUAGGCCCUGUAAUAACUAGGUGGUCAGUGAUGAAAUAAAAUCUUUCAAACCUAUUUUUAAUGGGGAUGGGUAGGAAAUUUUCAGAGAAACAUGUGGCCCUCGCUUUAAUGCCAAAUUUUUAGUGAUAUGAAAGAAAAGCAGACACACUGCGAGCACUUGCAGUUCUGUCUAUAGUCUAGCAUGUUGUUUUACUUGAACUAUACUUGGGCAGAGGAGUGUUCAUUUUUACUCUACUUUUAUAAAACCCUACAAAUAAACUCAAGCCAUAAAUUAGAGAUGAAAAUGCACAUAGAGUAAAGACCAUUUACAAACAUAGCUAAAAUGCUACCUACCCUCCUGGGAAGUGUAUCAUGGAAUAUGUAAACUAAGUAGAUUUAGAUUCAAAGUAGUUGAGUUUCUCAGAAUUUCUUUAAGCUGGUGUUCCAGAAAAAGAAACAUCAAAACAAAACACUGGUCUAAUAUAUGCAUAUCUAUCUUUAUUUUGGUCUUAACUGUAACACAUAUUAUUAAUAUACAGCAAAUACAUACUAGUAUGUCAAGCACUGCUGUGACUAAUCCCAUUAGGAGCAGGCAUUAUCAUUUUUCCCAAUCUGUAUUUGGGAAAAUAGCACAUUGAGAUAUAUAAUUAACUAAAGUUAUAGAAAAAUAGAGGCAUAUGUUUUGGGUUUUUAUAUUAAGGUAUUUAAUUUAAAAUUUUUGAAUAUAAUUUAUCUACAGAUUUCUAGUCACUAUAAUUCCAAAUUUAUAAGGAUUUACUGAGAGAUAAUCAUUUAAUGAUAAAAUUGACUAUAUCAUUUGCUAUGACUUAUCUGUAGUAAUUUAAGAUUUUUUUAUCUAUACUCAAAAAUUCUAUUUUUAUUUAAACCUAGAAGAUAUCUGUAACUUCAUGUAAUAAAAUUUAACACCUAAGUACUAAGUAAGUGCCCAGUACAUUCUCCAGCUUAGUAACGAAUCAUCAAUACUUCAGUCCACUGGCGAAACAUUUGAGAAGCAUUUGUAAGGGCAUCUGCAGGAUAAAACCUAUUUUCUUCUUAACUUUUCAGAUGUUUACCUAUUGUUCAUUUUUUUGUUGUUGUUGUUUUUCUGGUAUAUUGCUUCUAAAUGGAAAGGUUUGUUUAUUAUAGUUUGUCUAAAACAAUACAAGGAAGUGCACCACAGUUUGACUUUGUCCACCACAGGAGGACAUGGUUUGCUCCUAAUCCUAGUGGAUUAUGAAUAUUCAAACUAGGUGGCAUUCACCUCUUUUGAAGCUAUAUGUUAUAUAAAACAAUCACAAAAUAUAUAUAACAACUAGAAAAGUUUAAUAUAUUUUGAUGUUUUCACAUUGUACUAUUUUUUAAAAAAGUAAAAUGUCAGACACGCUUCCCACUUCCGUUGGUUACUAAGUACUGCUGCAGUCAUUUAUUAUGGUUAGAGAGAGUCUACCAGGUCGUCAUCAGUCCAUUCCUCCUAAAGGGAAAACAAUGUGGUAAGGGUAACAUUGAAGUAUUGAGCCAUUUGUUGUUUACCUCCCUCCCUUUAAGAAAUGUGGAUUGACAACAGUCUACUGUAGAUGGGUUUGAUUUUUUUUUUUUUUAUUUUUUCUUUUGAGAUAGUCUCCUAUUAUGUCUUCAGCCAGCUUUGGAUCCUCUAUAUCUCAAGUGCUUGAACUACAGGUAUGUGCUAAGUCCUGCACUUGGCUGUGAUAAUGACAUGGCAGCUGCCCACUCUAAAGGAGUAAAAAAGUUAUCUUUUUGCCUGUGCUUAUUUAUCCUUGACUUCUUAAGACAUAGAUUUUAAAGCUGGGGUAAGGCAAGGACAGAAUCCUUAGAGAAUAGAUAAAAUUUAGCAUCACUGCCUUCUAUCAUAGGAAGUUACUUCAAUCAAGUAGCUUACUUUAGAAGUGGUUCACAGUCAUGUAAACAUAGACCAUGCAUAGGCUUCCUGAUUAGCGCCAUGUAACAAGCAGCUGCCAACACGCUCCUGCCAUGGACUCCAGUUCCCCUGAACAUAACCCAACAUAAAUCUUCCCUUUAACCAUUUCUUUAAAAUUUUUACUGUACAUAAACAGGUGAGUAAACAUUUAAUAAUGUCAAACUUUAGAGGUACUUGUAGUCCUAGUAUUCGGAGGGCUCAGGUGAAAAAAGAACUGGGAGUUUAAGACCAACUUGGGCUACAAAGCAAGACACUGUUUUAAACACUCUCAGCCCCAGCUCUCUAUAAUGCUUAUAAUAGUUCAGAACAAUACACACUAACUUAGGUCGUGCCAGAAAAUGUAAGUUAUAACAAGUUGUCUUAGGGAAAACAUACCUCUUCCUGUUUGGGUUUCUUUGAUACAUAGUCAUCAUCUUCAUAGCCUUUUCUCUUCUUCCUAUAAUUAAGCAAUUAUCGAUUAGCAAAACUGAUAGUGGCAACCAUACCUAUAAAAUAAGCUAGCAAGGCCAUAUGAACAUGUGGUAGCCCUCAGCUACAAUGACAGCACUCAGACUGAGGCACUAGUAUUGCCUUCAGUUCAGUCUAGCAUGGGUUAAAAAAUGAGACCCUAUCUUCAAAACCAAAAUACAUUAUGUACUGAAGAGUAGGGACUAGAUAGCUGGAAAGGUAUUAUCUGUGGAUACAAAGGCAAUAUUUAAUAUUUAAUCCAGUGUAGCAAGAACCUACAAAGAUGAAAACAACAACGAAAAGGUUGACCAUACCCAUAAGUCCCAGUUCUUGUGACUCUAACCAGAUUAUUGGAUAAUCAUUGGUUACACUGUGAUACCUGGCCUCAAGUAAACAUAGCAAAGAGAAUCUAGAGGGAAAAAAUGCUGGAAGACCUUGUCUUGGUUAUCAUAAAACCAUAGUAAAGUGGAGUGCAGUGGUGGCACACACCUGCAGUGCCAACACUCAGGUAGGAUAGGAUAAUUGAGAAUCUGAGGUGUCCUAAACCAGACCCUGAUUAGGAACAAAUAAAAGGACACACUAUAAAAGCUAUGGUUAUUAAGAAUAUGGUGGUGUUAAUACAUCAGCAGUCAAAGCAGACAGGCAAAAAUGGCUCUGCAUAUCUGGUGACAGACUCAGUGGGGUUAGACACCAAGAUGGACGGCCUGGUUUGUUCCCCAUGGCAUAUGGAAAAAGGAAAACUGACUCUUUUAUGUUGUCCUCUGCCCUCCACAAAGGUACUUGCUUAUUAAGUACAUACUGAAAUACAAUAAAUGAUUUAAAAA